CUUCCCUCCCACUUUUGUUGGUCCGUGAGGAAGUCGCAAGAUGGCUGACAUCGCUUGAAAGUAUGUCCCCUUCCUCAACAUGAAGUCGUGAGUGUGGAAGAAAGCGAGGGAGGCACCAUCGGCCGUUUGUUUUUAUUAACUUUUUUUUUCUGCCGUUAAUUUCUCCAAACAUCCAUUUCAUUUCGCGUCGUCUCUGUCCCAGAGUUGUCUUUGAGAGUUGACGCGUCAAGUCACGCCGGGGACCCAGCUAGCUAAAUUAGCCAGCUAGCUACAGCGGUUAACGUUAGCCAGCGAGAUAGCUAGCUAACUAAAUCAUAUUUUCAUAUCCCAUCGGCCAGCUAACUAGCACGUCUCAUUAAUUUGAAAUAGUCUAACGGUUCUAAUAUCAAUAUACUGUCAGAUUAAGAAUUACUCGACCGUCAUGUUCGCCAACUAAUGCGCAACAUUAAUUCGUCUGAUUCAGGAUUAUAAUUUUGGAGUAAGUCAUACCAUUACUAUAGUUAGCCACUAGCCAUCAUCAGUUAUCAACAUUUCAUGUGUUAUUACCUAGCUAGCUAGCUAGUUAGAGGGGUAGUUAAACUUUAGCCGGAGAAUUAGACUAGCUGGCUUUGCUGGCAGUUGACCAAAAUACUGCUAGGGAUGGACACACAAUUGUACUCACACGACCAAAUAUAGAAGAUUGGCUUUGCACACUAACUAGUUAGCUAGCUUUCUUACUUGCUGUUAGGAAGUGCACCUCUCGGCCUGGUCAACUAGCGUGUUAGGCUAGUUAGCCUUUGCAGGAUUGGUCACUCGUAUCAGAGUUGAGGGUGGCAGCAGCUAGGUGCAGCAACAGUUCAGUCAGUCACACAGAGAGAUACGUUAGCUAGCUGCCAGGUUCUAGCUAGCUACAUUCUCGACCCUCACAUCAGCUAUCACCACGGCGUUCCGAACGUACCCGGAGCCCCCCUCCCCUGGCCAGACCCACCGGCUCAACAACACCGGGAUGGGUGUGCAGGGCUUCCAGGAAUAUCUUGAGAAACGGUGUCCCGGGGCAGCUGUCCCCGUGGACCUACUCAAACUAGCCCGUACACCGGGCCGCCAGCCCCCGCACCACCACCCCCAUCACCUCGGCCCUAUACCUCCUCCACCCCCGGCCCGGAUACUCAUCGAUGCUGACUCCGGCCUGCAGCGGCUGUACGGCGGCUACCAGACGGACUGGGUGUGCGGCGGGGAGUGGAACGCCAUGCUGGGAUACCUGUCCGCUCUGUCCCAGGCCUGUCUGUACCAGGGCGGGCUUGAGCUGGUUGUGGUGUUCAACGGCACCCUGGGGAAGGAACGGUGGCCGGAGUGGGCACGCCGGGCGCAGGGGCAACGCCAGACAGCCCAGCUCAUCGUCAAUCAUGUUGGCAGUAAGGCCACUCCGCCUCCCCGCGCCUGGUUCCUGCCCCCAGCCUGCCUCAGCCACUGUGUCCGCCUCGCCAUGUUCCGCUUCAGAGUGCGGGUUGUCCAGACGUUGGAGGACCACCACCAGGAGGUGCUGUCCCUCUACAGAGACUUUGGUUUCUGCGGCCUGAUCGCCCAGGACUCAGAGUUUGCCCUCUGCAACGUCCCCGCCUACUUCUCCUCUCAUGCCCUCAAACUGUCCUGGAACGGCAAGAACCUGACCACCCACCAGUACCUGCUCUCUGAAGCUGCCAGACAGCUGGGUCUGAAGACACAACACCUGCCCUGCUUCGCUGCACUGCUGGGCAACCAUAUUCUCCCUGAUGAGGACCUGGCUGCCUUCCACUGGAGCCUUUUAGGACCAGAACACCCCCUGGCCUCACUCAAGGUGCGUGCCCACCAGUUGGUGCUGCCUCCCUGUGAGGUGGUUAUCAAGGCGGUGUCAGAGUACGUCUCCUCCAUUAAAGACCUGGGGAACCUUGACGUUAUCGCCAGAGACGUCUUCAAACAGUCACAGUCUCGUAUGGAGGACAAGGUGCAGCGUUUUAAGAGAGCUGUGGAGUAUUUCUCAGCUGCCUCUAAACCCCGCCCACUCUCCAUGGGAACCUCCCCCUACCUCUUGCCAGGGUUUGGGCCGGCUCCGUUUGGUGGACCUCCUGGCCACAUGGGGGCGAUGCAGACUGUAAAGACGCAGUUCCCCCACCAGGGUGUAAAACCACCCUAUCAGAAUGCUCCGUACGGACCAGGCAGCACCUCUCUGUUCCAGAACCACCCCCCUCCCCUGCAGGACUGCAACGAUUCACUGGCAGGGAAAAUGGCCUUCACCGAUUGGUCAGCUCCAUAUGACCAGGGAGGAAGUAGAUUACCGAAUCACCAUGCGGCCGCUCCCUCUGGGCCCUCCCCCUCUCCUUCAUCAUCUUCUGAUGGAGAUGAACCAAACGACAGCAGCAACCAUCUGCCAGACAAGUCCUCCAGGUGGGACGAUCCGUCCUGUCGAGGGGGCGGAGGGGAUGGUUCCCACGGUAACAUUCCAUCGCUGUUGUCGAUGGCGACGCGGAGUCACAUGGACAUAACCAUGCCCCCUCUGCCUCAAGUCAGCGCUGAAGUGUUGAGAGUAGCAGAACACAGACACCGCAGAGGACUGAUGUAUCCACAGAUAUACCACAUACUGACCAAGGGAGAGAUAAAGAUGGCGGUGUGUAUAGAAGAUGAUUGUAACAGUGACCUGCCUCCAGCCUCCCUGCUGUUCAGAGCAGCCAGACAGUACAGCUAUGGGGUCCUCUUCAGCCUAGCCGAAACACACCGACGCCUCGAGAGACUCGCCAUGCGCAACAGAGGACCCCUAGACGUUCCUCCAGUGAUAGUGAAGGAGUGGUCCAGUGGGAAGUCGAAGUCGGCCCUGACCCCGGAGCUGGUUCCAGCGCUGUGCUUCAGAGAGUGGACCUGUCCUAACCUGCGGAGGCUGUGGCUUGGUAGAGCCAGUGAAGAUCGCUCCCGGCGGACCAGAGCUUUCCUAGCCUGUCUCCGCUCUGACUGUCCUGCCCUACUCAACCCUGCUCAGGUCCCACAACACCUUCUGCUCAUGUGCUGCGUGCUCAGGUAUAUGAUGCAGUGGCCAGGUGGUGGGAUUCUACAGAGACAUGAGUUAGAUGCCUUCCUGGCCCAGGCCGUCUCUAACCAGCUCUACGAACCAGACCAGCUUCAGGAACUCAAGGUGGAGAAGGUAGAUGGUCGGGGAGUGCAGCUGGCGUCACUCUUCAUGGCGGGCGUGGACACGGCUCUGUUGGUCAACGACGUGUGUGGUCAGCCGUUACCAUGGGAACACUGCUGCCCCUGGGGCUUCUUCGAUGGGAAGCUCUUCCAGACCAAACUGGCCCGUGCCGCCCGAGACCGCCAGGCCCUGCUCGACAUGUGUGAAGGACAGGAGGAGCUGGUGUCUCGUGUGGAGAAGAUGCGUCAGGCCAUCCUAGAUGGUAUCAACUUCUCUCGUCCUCCUCCCCCUCCUCCUCCUCUCCCCCCUCCUUCCUUCCUGCCCCCUCCCCCCUUCUACCCUCUGCCUCCCCUCUACCCCCCCCGGCCCAUGGGCAACAUGCCACACCACCACCACCCUCAACAUCCUCAUCCUCAUCACCACUCACACCCAGCCCAGCACAGACCCAGAGCCUUCCCAGGUCUGCAGUCGAUCCCCCCCCAGGGAGGGAAGUUGGAGAUAGCCGGAAUGGUGGUGGGGCAGUGGGCCGGGAACAAACCACUGCGUGGUAGAGGGGGAUUCAACAUGCAGGUGGUGUCAGUCGGGGCAGGGAGAGGAAGGGGUAAGGACAUCCCAGUGAAAGGAGGGCGAGGAGGUAAAAAGGUGACUGCCAACAGAAUAAAGACCUCACCCCCUCCACCCUCCACCAGCCCCCCCAAGUCCUCUGAGGGUGAGGGUCUUAACUCUGGGGGUGUGGCCCAGAAGCUGAACGGCAGCCCUGCAGCCUCCGCUAUUGGCCAGCCUUUGGAUCUUCCUCCACUGGCCCAGCCAAACCCGUGUGCCUUAGCCAGCAAAGACAACCAAUCAGAGGAGGCCCCUUGUUGCCUUGACAGCUGUCCUUCAGACGGAAUGUAACGAAGGAGGAUUGACUAGGCUUUCCCAGAAUGCACCAGGGUGUUCUGAAAGUGCCGUCUGUGUUCCACUGCCUUCCCCUGUCUGUUAGCCUCGCCCACCAACACACCAACCAGGAAGUCAGAGAGGGGGAGGUGCUCUGCUCAAUCAGUCGAUUUGAUUGAGGUGUUCCGCUAGCCUUUCCCCCCCCCCUCUCUCUCUGCUUCUCCGUGUGAUUGGUUUGGCAGAGCAGUAAGCCCAACCCCUUGAUUUUGUCAUGUUUUAUUUUAACGAUGAGAGGUUCUUCUCCAUGAGUCCAUUUUGUCUCCUCCGCCCCAUAAAGCCCCGCCCCCAUGGCUGUUGUAGCUCCAGCACACUGUCUCAUGUCGUAAUGAUCCCUCCCUGGUGUUAAAAUCGAUUGUGAAUUGAAAUGGGAGGAUGUGAUCUACACUCCCCUACCGAGAUCCGUAAAGUUAGACUUGAACUACGGCGUUUAGUAAUAGCGGGUUUACACACACAGUCACAUUGACACCAAACACACACUGUUGGCUAGUCUGUUAGUUCCUCGGUUUGGUAGCCAUUAGAAGUGUGUAAAAGUUUAGUUGCCCAGCCGUGUUGAGAGGACCCCCUGACCACAGAUUGUUGCCAUAGGGACCUCAUGGCAAGCGGUGUUCCAUGUGAGGUCAGAGAGGAAUAGAGAACGAGGAGGAUGACAUGGCGUUUGUUAAAUCCCCCAAUACACCGCCGAUAAUGAUCUAUUAGAGACGCGUCUCUAACCUCCCCCGCCAGACCCAUCUGUAUUAGCAACGCCACGUUGUGUUGCUGAUCACAACACUACCUGGGGCGGCAAGUAGCCUUGUGGUUAAAGUGUUGGUUUCGGUUACUGGAUCGAAUCCCAGAGCUGACCAGGUAAAAAUCUGUCGUUCUGCCCCUGAACAAGGCAGAUCACCCACCGUUCCCCGGUAGGCCGUCAUUGUAAAUAAGAAUUUGUUCUUAAUUGACUUGCCUCGUUAAAUAAAGGUUACAUUUAAAUAUAAAAUAUCACCCUGAGCGUCGGUGUGUUAGCAUAGCUUAGCCCCUUCAGUAGCAUUUGCACCGCUAAUGCGUUAGCAUGCUAACGUAGGCCAGAUCCUUGAAUAACAUUAGCACUUACGUUAAUAUGCUAGCAUGCUAAUUUAGCCUAGCCCUGCCGCGUUGAGACCCCCUGACCACAGAUGUAUGUACGCACCUUAACCUGACGCUCCAACGUAUGGAUGCUCUUACCCCUGUAUUAUAUUACUGCUUUAUCCCCUAUGCUCUUAGUGUACAUCUCAAUGGGGAGCACUUACUAAUGUUGCAUUCAUUGUGAUUAUUAAUGACUUGACAGUCUGUCUGAGAGGGUUCCCCUGUGACCUAGGACAUUUCUUUGACCUCUAGAGAUCACCUUUAACAUUAGACACCUUUAGAGACUCCCUUUUGUGCGUUAAUAUGCCCCUGUUAACAAUAGCUGUUUAAAUGUGAGCAGGUCUUCAGACGAGCCUCACUGGAUCCCCUUACAGGUUAACACCCAGUCAGGACAAACGUGGUGCCACGUCAGGGGUUAAAGGUCAGAGUACUGCCCCUCUGACCGGCACCACGUCUAAACGAACCCUAUUUCCUACACGGUGCACUGCGACUCCUGUUCAUCAGAAGCAGUGCAUUAUGGGGGGUAGGUUGCCGUUAUAGACAAGACCUGAUGAAGUCCCAAAGCAUAGACCCACACCAGCCCUGUCAGCUGGCUGGCCAAUCAGGACAGGCCUGGUAGCACCACCCCCCCCCCAACCCCGCCUGGUGAUUUGAUUAGCAGUCGCCACGGCGAUAGCACAGCGUUCUAAGCUCUUUAACCAACAAGAAGCACUUCCCCCAAACUACCUAGCCAAUCAGCAGGGGUUUGGGGUGGGAACACUUGAAUGUUCUGCCCACAAUCUAAAGAUCCUAAAAUAGUUUUAUAAUUAUGAUAGAGGACAAAAUAAGUAUUCCCUUAAUAGGUGUGCUCUGAGAGGAAUCAGAGUAUUGUCUUGUGUUAAUGGCAGAGCAGUAGGAUUGAUCUGUCUGUCUCCUGGACAUCUGUAGAAAUAACAUGGACUGAAUCAAGUCAUGUUGCCCAAAGGACUCCUAGUCCUUCUACUGCACUACUUCUGUUUAUGGCCCAUAGGGCUUUGGUCAAAGUAGUGCACUAUAUAGGGAAUGAACCCCUGGCAAGGCAACAGAAGGAGACCAUGUCAAUGACUUGAUGCUCUAUCUGAUGGUAGGCCUAAGACAAUGUUUCCCAAACUCGGACCUGGGGACGCCAAGGGUUUUUUCCCCCAGCACGACACAGCUGAUUCAAAUAAUCAAAGCUUGAUGCGGAGUUGGUUAUUGCCUCAGCUGUGUAGUGCUGGGGGCAGAACCAAAAGGUGCAUCCGGGGGGGGGGGACGGGGGGGGGACUGAGUUGGGUCUAAAAUCUGUACUGUUUAACUGAAGGAAACCCUGACCAGAUGAAUUGGCACCCUAUUCCUUACAUUCUGACUGAUCCUCUUCGUUCCUGUGAAGGAUUCCACAAGACUUCCUCUGUUCCUGAUCUUCAGCCUUAUACUCAUAGGGUACACAGUCAGUGUUGAUAUUUAAAUCACUGAGCCCCCCCCCCCCCCCCCCGUUAACAUCCGUUACACUGAGACGCAACAAACGGCCCGGUAACUUGUCAACAAACAACUACCAAAUGAAAGCCAGGGUUUUAUUGAUGGCUGGUUAUUGAUAUGACUAGCUGAAGCAUAUUGAUGGCUGGUUAUUGAUAUGACUAGCUGAAGCAUAUUGAUGGCUGGUUAUUGAUAUGACUAGCUGAAGCAUAUUGAUGGCUGGUUAUUGAUAUGACUAGCUGAAGCAUAUUGAUGGCUGGUUAUUGAUAUGACUAGCUGAAGCAUAUUGAUGGCUGGUUAUUGAUAUGACUAGCUGAAGCAUAUUGAUGGCUGGUUAUUGAUAUGACUAGCUGAAGCAUAUUGAUGGCUGGUUAUUGAUAUGACUAGCUGAAGCAUAUUGAUGGCUGGUUAUUGAUAUGACUAGCUGAAGCAUUUUGAUGGCUGGUUAUUGAUAUGACUAGCUGAAGCAUAUUGAUGGCUGGUUAUUGAUAUGACUAGCUGAAGCAUUUUGAUGGCUGGUUAUUGAUAUGACUAGCUGAAGCAUUUUGAUGGCUGGUUAUUGAUGUGACUAGCUGAAGCAUACAGGACAUUGUUAGGAGUGUUGCUACUGGCGUUGGACAGUAGUAACAGUAUUGGACUGAGCUCUACAGGACUGUAGUUAACACACAAACAGAACGGGUGACAUUCUGUCUGCUACAUAGCCCCACAAAGCACCAAAGUUGCAAAAGCAAAAAUAACAUCUAAAUACACUUUGACCAAAAUGAUUUUGUAAAGCUACGGCUCGAGACUCCAUGGCGUGCAAGGGGUUGUGGGAACUGCUUACAAGCAAAUCAUCUCUGCCUUCUGAUGGUGGUUGUAAAACGAGACUUUGGAGAUUGAAUCCCACAUGAAGUAUUGGGAACAACAGUCUUUUAGUCCAGUCGUCUCAGGGCGAUCUAGCAGACAGAUUUGAAUCCCUAGACUGGCUAGAGCCCCACUGGUCAUAUAAUACCCGGCAUGACUAGACGACUACAACUCAUACAUAUAUAUAUAUACAGUACGUAUUCAUAGGUUGCACCUCUGUCACUCGGUCGCAUCAUGCCAUUGUUGUGAACGUUCUCAAGCAGGCCUCUAUCGGCGGAGCCCUAAAGUUGCGAUUUGAAAAAAGUAAUUCUGGAAAUACAAUGACAUUGCUGAAGUAGUCAAGUAUUUAGUAGGAAACAAUUUGGCCAGCGUCAAAUUUUACUUUGAUUGCAAUGUUGUCAUUGGCUAGCAAAGUUUGUCAAAAACCUUAUUAAAAAAAAUGGCUUUACCUCAAUCUUAGCUAGCUUUCUAGCUAGCAUUACACCGCAUCUAAAGUCAAUCUGGUGGUCUCCCCUCAAUCUUGGCUAGCUAGUUUCUUAUGGCUGCGAACCCGUUAACGGGAUCGAUAUGACAACAGCCAGUGAAAGUGCAGGGCGCCAAAUUCAAACAACAGAAAUCUCAUAACUAAAAUUCCUAAAACAUACAAGUAUCUUAUACCAUUGUAAAGGUAAUCUUGUUGUUAAUCCCACAACAGUGUCCGAUUUCAAAAAGGCUUUACAGCGAAAGCACCACAAACGAUUGUGUUAGGUCACCGCCAAGUCACAGAAAAAAACAGCCAUUUUUCCAGCCAAAGAUAGGAGUCACAAAAAUCAGAAAUAGAGAUAAAAAUGAAUCACUAACCUUUGAUGAUCUUCAUCAGAUGACACUCAUAGGACUUCAUGUUACACAAUACAUGUAUGUUUUGUUCGGUAAAGUUCAUAUUUAUAAAUAAAAAAAUCUCAGUAUACAUUGGCGCGUUACGUUCAGGAGUUCCCAAAACAUCCGGUGAUUUUGCAGCCACAUCAAUGUACAGAAAUACUCAUAAUAAACAGUGAUCAAAGAUACAAGUGUUAUACAUGGAAUUUUAGAUCCACUUCUUAAUGCAACCGCUGUGUCCGUUUUUUAAAGUUUUUUUUUAAAGCUUUACGGAAAAAGCAAACCAUGCAAUAAUCUGAGGUCGGCGCUCAGAGCCCAAUCAAGACAAAAAGAUAUCCGCCAUGUUGUACAGUCAACAGAAGUCAGAAAUAACAUUAUAAAUAUUCACUUACCUUUGAUCUUCAUCAGAAUGCCCUCCCAGCAAUCACAGUUCCACAAUAAAUGUUUGUUUUGUUCGAUAAUGUCCAUCAUUUGUCCAAAUAGCUACUUUUGUUAGCGCGUUUUGUAAACAAAUCCAAAGUCACGAAGCGCGUUCACUAGGAGCAGACGAAAUGUCAAAAAGUUCCGUUACAGUCCGUAGAAACAUGUCAAACGAUGUAUAGAAUUCAUCUUUAUCAUGUUUUUAACAUAAAUCUUCAAUAAUGUUCCAACCGGAGAAUUCCGUUGUCUGUAGAAAUGCAAAUGGACAGAGCUCGCUCUCACGUGAACGAGCGUCACGAGCUCAAAGCAUUCUGCCAGACCUCUGACUCAUUCGGCCCUACUUCACAGUAGAAGCCUCAAACAAGUUUCUGAAGACGGUUGACAUCUAGUGGAAGCCUGAGGAAGUGCAACAAGAGCAAUAUCCCACUAUCUUCAAUAGGGGCUAAGUUGAAAAUCAACCAACCUCAGAUUUCCCACUUCCUGGUUGGAUUUUUUCUCAGGUUUUUGCCUGCCAUAUGAGUUCUGUUAUACUCACAGACAUCAUUCAAACAGUUUUAGAAACUUCAGAGUGUUUUCUAUCCAAAUCUACUAAUAAUAUGCAUAUAUUAGCAACUGGGACUGAGGAGCAGGCAGUUUACUCUGGCCACAUUAUUCAUCCAAGCUACUCAAUACUGCCCCCAGCCAUUAGAAGCUAGCUAAUGUUACACUGCAUUUAAAGUCAAUCUGAUGGCCUCACCUCAUUCUUAGAUAGCUAGCUAACGUUACACUGUAUCUAAAGUCAAUCUGGCGACAUCAAAAGGUUUUCCUACUAAUUAUUUGCCUCCUUUUGAGUGUCAUUGUAUUUCCAAGCCACUGUAAUGCACUUUUGAUGAAAUCUUCACCAGCGCUCAUUGACGAUGCAUUGAGUAGAAUGCUCAGUCGUGCAUCAGUUCAAAAUGAACGUUCUGAACAAUAUUGUGAGGAAACUUGCAACCCAUGAAUAAUGCUUUAACCUUUCACGUGACAUUACUGUAGCACAAUAAGAUGAUGGGACACUGCAGGUCAUGACUAUUUCUGUUCAGCCAGGAGGAGGAGUGGGCCUACUUAAGUCACUCCCCUAGCUGGCAAGAUUACGCACAUCCCUGGCGACUCACACACACAGUAGUUCUUACCAGCCCUCUGUGUUUGUGCUGAAGUGAUGUAAUGUUGCUGUUCCCCGUCAGUUACUGUCUGUGGGUAAAGCAGAGAGACUUGGUAACUCGUCAGUUACUGUCUGUGGGUAAAGCAGAGAGACUUGGUAACUCUCGUCAGUUACUGUCUGUGGUUAAAGCAGAGAGACUUGGUAACUCGUCAGUUACUGUCUGUGGGUAAAGCAGAGAGACUUGGUAACUCUCGUCAGUUACUGUCUGUGGUUAAAGCAGAGAGACUUGGUAACUCUCGUCAGUUACUGUCUGUGGUUAAAGCAGAGAGACUUGGUAACUCUCGUCAGUUACUGUCUGUGGUUAAAGCAGAGAGACUUGGUAACUCGUCAGUUACUGUCUGUGGGUAAAGCAGAGAGACUUGGUAACUCUCGUCAGUUACUGUCUGUGGUUAAAGCAGAGAGACUUGGUAACUCUCGUCAGUUACUGUCUGUGGGUGAAGCAGAGAGACUUUACUGUUGUACCGAGCUGCAGUCUGACACACACAGCCCUCUUGACUCACUCGUAAGAAUACCCGCGGGCACACACACACACACACACACACACACACACACAUCGAUGUCACACCCUGAGUUAGACACUAGCUAGUAUGGAUAAAGUCAACAACAUAAUUACUCUCCCAUUGUUAUCCGUGUCUGAUUUAGUUGUAUUAGAUUUUAUUGAUCAGUGAUUUUAUUGCUUAUUUUAAUAUUCCUCUAUAUACCAACAUCCCCUCUCUUCUUCACCCCCCCCCCUCGCUCUUCAACCCCACCUCUCUCUUCUUCACCCCCCCUCGCUCUUCAACCCCACCUCUCUCUUCUUCACCCCCCCUCGCUCUUCAACCCCACCUCUCUCUUCUUCACCCCCCCCCUCGCUCUUCAACCCCACCUCUCUCUUCUUCACCCCCCCCUCGCUCUUCAACCCCACCUCUCUCUUCUUCACCCCCCCUCGCUCUUCAACCCCACCUCUCUCUUCUUCACCCCCCCCCUCGCUCUUCAACCCCACCUCUCUCUUCUUCACCCCCCCCCUCGCUCUUCAACCCCACCUCUCUCUUCUUCACCCCCCCUCGCUCUUCAACCCCACCUCUCUCUUCACCCCCCCGUCUUCACUGUUCUCGCUCUCUUCCUCCCUCUGUCCCCCUCAUUAGGUAGUUCCGCUUAAAGCAGCCCAUAGAGUAGUCUUUUACACCCUUUCACACACAGUGACUGAUACACCAUCACACAGUCUGUCUGAUACACCAUCACACAGUGACUGAUACACCAACACACAGUCUGACUGAUACACCAACACACAGUCUGACUGAUACACCAUCACACAGUCUGACUGAUACACCAUCACACAGUCUGACUGAUACACCAUCACACAGUCUGACUGAUACACCAACACACAGUCUGACUGAUACACCAUCACACAGUCUGAUACACCAACACACAGUCUGAUACACCAUCACACAGUCUGAUACACCAUCACACAGUGACUGAUACACCAACACACAGUGACUGAUACACCAACACACAGUCUGACUGAUACACCAACACACAGUCUGACUGAUACACCAUCACACAGUCUGACUGAUACACCAUCACACAGUCUGACGGAUACACCAUCACACAGUCUGACGGAUACACCAUCACACAGUCUGUCUGAAACACCAUCACACAGCGACUGAUACACCAUCACACAGUCUGACUGAUACACCAUCACACAGUCUGAUACACCAUCACACAGUGACUGAUACACCAACACACAGUGACUGAUACACCAACACACAGUCUGACUGAUACACCAUCACACAGUCUGACUGAUACACCAUCACACAGUCUGACUGAUACACCAUCACACAGUCUGUCUGAUACACCAUCACACAGUCUGACUGAUACACCAUCACACAGUCUGACUGAUACACCAUCACACAGUCUGUCUGAUACACCAUCACACAGUGACUGAUACACCAUCACACAGUGACUGAUACACCAUCACACAGUCUGACUGAUACACCAUCACACAGUCUGAUACACCAUCACACAGUGACUGAUACACCAACACACAGUGACUGAUACACCAACACACAGUCUGACUGAUACACCAUCACACAGUCUGACUGAUACACCAUCACACAGUCUGUCUGAUACACCAUCACACAGUCUGACUGAUACACCAUCACACAGUCUGUCUGAUACACCAUCACACAGUCUGACUGAUACACCAUCACACAGUCUGACUGAUGGAAUGGGGGUAUCACUGUAUCAGUCCUUAUAUUUCUCGAUCAGACCUUAUCUGUUUCCUCUAGGACCAUUUCUAUUGGCUGUUUUCUGACCCCGCCCCUAACCACCCACACUAACAGUAGAGGCUAUAUUAUUAUUGAUUAUCAGUUUCUCUUUGUAAACUAUGUUAUUAUUGAUUAUCAGUUUCUCUUUGUAAACUAGCCAGAGUGUGCAACAAAAAAAGUCGACAACAAAAAAAAUCUGUUUUAUUCAAUUGUGCUUAAAUUUGUUUCUUACUCUUUUUAAUGUCUUCUAACCUUCUAUCUAUCAAAGCAACCAUUAGUUCUGAGAGGCUUUAGCCAGACAUAGAGAUUUAUAUUGGAACCAUUUACCAUGAUCCUUCUUGGUAUUUGAUAUGCCAUAAAUCAUUUUAAAGAUCACCUUAUCGUUGUUACUAUGUCAGUUAAAUAUCGCCCUAAAGCUUUUUAAAUGAUCGUCGUUUCUGCACUACGUCCGUAUAUUCUCGUAUUAUUAACGUCCCUUAUAAAGAUUUCAUGGUCGACUCAAGUGAAGCUGAACUUUGCACCGAGUUGGAAGUCCCCCAGAAAUAACAAUGGCCUAUCAUGAGAGAGAUUCUACGAUGACAUCACGGCACGUGCGAUUGGUUUGCCCCUAUAGAGUGGAGUUUUGUGAUGAGUAGAACAGAGCUGUAUUGGUUACUGUAGGACUGUGUUAUAAGGUUUCAGUACAUGUAUGGCUACACUGCCUGAGUGGUCCAGACUAGAGAGGCUUACAGGUAAUAAAGACAGCUGAUUGCA